AUGAACCAUGCAGAUGCAGUGGUGAAGCUGCAUCCGGGCGGUCGAGGACCCCGCCCUGAGGUUGAUUUCUCCCUCUUGUCUUACCUUCCCCCUUCCCUCCCCACCCGGCGCAGGACGUCUCCAGCAAUGUCCAUGCCCUUCAGGGCCAGGGGCCUACCUCCUGGACACCGCCACCGGGGCUCCUGCAGCCCCCUGGGUCAGCCGCUGCCCGGCUCCAUGCAGCCGCGCUCCCUUAAGGGGCUUUACUACCGCAGGGCCCGCAAGGUGGGCGCGCUGGACGCCUCCCCCGCGGCGGACCUGGAGAAGGAGAUCCUGGUCAACGUCGGGGGCCGGCGGUACGUGCUCCCCUGGAGCACGCUGGACGAGUUUCCGCUGAGCCGCCUGAGCAAACUCAAGUUCUGCCGGAGCCACGAGGAGAUCGCGCAGCUCUGCGACGACUACGACGAAGCCACCCGGGAGUUCUUCUUCGACCGCAGCCCCAGCGCUUUCGGCAUGAUCGUGAGCUUCCUGGCGGCCGGCAGGCUGGCCCUGCUGCGGGAGACGUGCGUGCUGUCCUUCCGGGAGGAGCUGGCCUACUGGGGGAUCGAGGAGGCCCACCUGCGGCCGUGCUGCCUGCUGGAGCUGCUCCGGAAGCUGGAGCAGCUGCGCGAGCUCCGCCAGCAGGAGGCGCUGCACCUGCGGCGCGAGGCGCGGCGCCCCCCCGGGGACCCGUCGCGCUGGGGGGUCUUCAUGAACUGGCUGCGGGAGACGGUGGAAAACCCGCGCUCGGGGCUCCCCGGCAAGGUCUUCGCCUGUCUGUCCAUCCUCUUUGUGGCCACCACGGCGGUCAGCCUGUGCGUCAGCACCAUGCCCGACGUGAGGGCCGAGGAGGACAAGGUGAGUGCUCCCCGCCCCCGGCCCCCCAGGCUCCAGGCCCGAGAGGCUUAG